CAGCAGCUCAAGAUUGAUGUCAAGAACGUAACAGGCUGCAGCCAUGGUCUGUGUGCUGGUUUGCCUUGCGGUUGUUCUGGUGGUUUUUUUGAUUAGGCGCCGAUUCUCCUAUUGGGAGCGGAGAGGAGUGCCGGCUCCUAAGGCCUGGCCCUUCUUUGGAAACAUUGUGCAAAGCUUCACACAGCAAAAAACCGUUGGGCAGAUAUUCAGAGAAAUCUAUCACACUUAUGACACACUCCCACUAGUUGGAGCUUACCGAGCAAACGAGCCAGUUUUAAUAGUGCGAGAUCCGGAGCUGAUCAGCAAGAUUCUAGUCAAAGACUCGCAUGUUUUUUUCAACAAUGACUUCUCAGUGGAUCCAAAGCUGGACGCUAUGCAAGGCGCCAGCCCCUUUGUCCAAAAAGACCAGCAAUGGAAGACUACGCGAACGCUGCUCUCGCCCGGCUUCACCAGCGGAAAGAUGAAAAGUCUGUUUCCCUUGAUCGUAAACGUGAACCAACGACUGUCCAAGUAUUUAGAGUCGCAGCCGAAUAUCGAGCUGGGGCACACGAUUGAAACGCAAAAUCUCUGCAGGAGGUUCACGUUGGACAAUGUGGCUCUCUCCGCUUUCGGGAUCGAUGGAAAAUGCUUUGAAAGUGAGGAAUCGGACUUUAUGAGGCUGGCAAAUUCCUUUAUUGCGCCUGGGAGUUUCGCACUCUCAAUGCUCCAAAUGUUCCCUUUGAUUAGCCGUUUGGUUGCGCUCAAGGCGAUACCCAAAGCAGUGGAAGACACCCUGACGCAAAUAAUAACCGACUCCUUAGAACACCGCAAGAAGAAUAAAGUCAUCGCCAGCGACUAUCUGCAGUUUAUUGCACAGCUGGGGGGCCUCAACUAUGCAGAAAUCGCUGGGCAUGCUGCCACAUUCUUCGAAGAUGGAUACGAGACGUCCGCUCUGGUGAUGAGCUACCUGCUGUUCAACCUUUCCAGACACCAAGAGGUCCAAGCCAGGUUGAGGGCGGAAAUUGAAGAGCAAAAUGAAAUUGGCCACGAUCAACUGGCCAAAAUGCCCUACUUGAACGCCUGCUUGUUUGAAUCGAUGAGAAUUUGCCCCGUUCUGGAGCAUUACACUAGAGUGUGCAGCCGCCCAUACAUCUACAAAACCCCGAGCGAAUCCCCAAAACAUCUGCAAAGAAUGGAGGUGAACAUCGACGCAGGAACCGUCUGCUUUGUUCCCUUUGGUGGACUCUGCCAUGAUCCAGUCUACUUUCCCCGUCCGGAGGCUUUCAGCCCCGAGCGGUUUCUGGACAGGGACAGACAGGGCUUCAAACGGGUGUUUUAUCCGUUUGGGGGAGGGCAUAGAGUUUGCUUAGGGCAGCGCUUUGGGGCCAUGCAAGUGAAGAUGGGAAUAGUGGAGAUAAUCAGAAGAUUCCAGGUGAGCUUUGAUGAGAAAACCCACCUUCCCUUUGCGUUUUUGCCCUGGACGGUGCUCAACAAGGUGAAAGGUGGUGUGUGGCUGACAUAUCGGAAGCUAUAGGAAAGGUGCUUCGACCUAAAAGCUGGAAAAAAUUGCACACUUUUGGGCUUAAAUAAAACUACAAAAUCACGAUAGUGAACAAGGUGAA